AUGUUCAACAUCAACCCCCUGGAGAACCUGAAGCUGUACAUCAGCAGCCGGCCCCCCUUGGUGGUGUUUAUGAUCAGUGUCAGCGCCAUGGCAAUCGCUUUCCUGACCUUGGGCUAUUUCUUCAAGAUCAAGGAGAUCAAGUCACCAGAAAUGGCAGAGGACUGGAAUACUUUUCUCCUGCGGUUUAAUGACUUGGACUUGUGUGUCUCAGAGAAUGAAACGUUAAAGCAUCUCACAAAUGACACCGCAGCUCUGGAAAGCACAGUGACCAGCGGCCAGGCCAGGACGUCCACGCAGUCCCCACAGUCCCUGGAGGAUGCGGGCCCAGUGAACAUCUCAGUAGCCAUCACCCUCACCCUGGACCCACUCAAACCCUUUGGCGGGUACUCGCGAAACGUCACACAUCUGUAUUCCACCAUCCUCGGGCAUCAGAUCGGACUCUCGGGUACGGAAGCCCAGGAGGAGAUAAAUAUUACCUUCACCCUGCCCACAUCCUGGAGCUCGGACGACUGUGCCCUUCACGGGCAUUGUGAACAGGUGGUGUUCACAGCCUGCAUGACCCUCACAGCUCACCCCGGCGUGUUCCCCGUCACCGUACAGCCGCCGCACUGUGUUCCUGACACCUAUAGCAACGCCACGCUCUGGUAUAAGAUCUUCACCACGGCCAGGGAUGCCAACACAAAAUACGCUCAAGACUACAACCCUUUCUGGUGUUACAAGGGGGCCAUUGGAAAAGUCUACCAUGCUUUAAACCCCAAGCUUACAGUUAUUGUUCCAGACGAUGACCGCUCGUUAAUAAACUUGCACCUCAUGCACACCAGUUACUUCCUCUUCGUGAUGGUGAUAACGAUGUUUUGCUACGCGGUUAUCAAAGGCAGACCCAGCAAACUGCGUCAGAGCAAUCCUGAAUUCUGUCCCGAGAAGGUGGCUUUGGCAGACGCCUAA